AUUAACAUGUCUUGGUUUUGACAUGCUGGGUCGAUCAUGUCGCGAUAACUUCCUACUCUGUGCAGAAAUGUGGGAUAAUUUUCACAGUAAAACAGCAGGGCAAGUGUACGCAGCUUAAUCGGAAUCAUUUGAACUGAGUGUCGCGCACUGUGGUGCGCAUGCGUGUGAGGGGUGUCAUGAAAGUAAAGGUGAUCUCUGUCCUGGAAGACAACUACAUGUACCUGGUGAUAGAGGAGCAGAGUAAACUGGCCAUAGCUGUGGAUCCUGCUGUACCACACCGGCUGCUAGAAAUAGUGAAGAGAGAGGGCUUGUCUCUGACUGCUGUUCUCACCACACACCAUCACUGGGACCAUGCUCGGGGGAAUGAGAGCCUGCUGAAGGACGUUCCUCAGCUGAGGGUCUAUGGGGGAGAUGAUCGGAUUGGGGGUCUGACCGAUAAAGUCACCGAUGCUCAGGAACUCAAGUUUAACUCCAUCAAUGUGAGGUGCCUAUUUACUCCAUGCCAUACCUCUGGUCACAUGUGCUACUUUGUUUGGGAAGAUGAGUGCUCUGACGCCCCUGCAGUGUUCACAGGGGAUACAUUGUUUAUUGGUGGAUGCGGGCGCUUUCUUGAGGGAACAGCAGAGCAGAUGUACCACAAUCUCACCCAUGUGCUGGGCUCCCUACCUCAAGACACGAAGGUGUUCUGUGGACAUGAGUACACCAUUAAGAACCUGAAGUUUGCUAUGCUGGUGGAGCCAGAGAACGAGAAGGUCAAAGAAAUGCUGAGCUGGGCCAGGGCAAGAGACGAUGAUGACAAGCCCACAGUGCCAUCUACCCUAAUGGAGGAAUUUGAAUACAACCCUUUUCUUCGCCUGUCACAGGAAGGUGUGCAGAAAUUCACAGGGAAGACAGACCCCAUAGAGGUGCUGAGGGUCCUGCGGAAGGAGAAGGACAAACUUAAGAAGCCCAAGGAGAGACUUCCUCCCCAUGCCAUGUUGGCUUUGGAGUGGGGGCUUCUCAGACCCUGAGAUCCAGUUUCAGAUCUCUAGGUUGAUCAACUGAAUGCAGCAAGACACAAGACUGUAGAGUGUGGCCAUUGUUGCUUUUACACUAAAUUUAAACAAUUUAUAUUGCUGGGUGACCCUCAGGGGACAUGUGUGGUGUUUCAGUAAUUAUGCACAUUGUACAAAAAGGCCAGCACAAAGCUGCUUCCAUUAAAUACUCCUACAAUGUAAAUUAAUUAAAACAUUUGUUUCCCAGUUUGUUAUGUAGAUGCUAAUAACAAUUUCCAUUAAAAUGGAUGAGAUUUUAAUUUUGAGUAUCUGGUUUUGGGAGAAUUUCUUUGACUUAUUUGUAUUAGAAUGUUUAAUUUCUUUGAAAUGCUCUUGUACUCUGUAUAUGUUUAUUUCCUGUCUGGUAACCUUAAAACUGCUUUUUUUCAUUUAUAGCCUUUUGACUAAUUCCAGUAUGGACAUAUAGUCUAUACUUCCCAGGCACUCUUUUGCAGCCAAGAGAUACAGUUUUAAUAUACAAGACAAUUAAUGUGAAUGUAUCUGUCUUUUAGAGUCCACCUUCUACACAGUAUUAGGACAGGUAUCUGUUACCCACAAGGGUAGAAAAACAACAAAGUGUACAUCACUAUGAAUGUCAGUUGCUGCUUUUCAUUCCUAAGUCUACACCUGUACCUUGCGAGAGUGCUUAACUAAAUCAGUCAAGAUCAGUCAAUAAAACGUUAUUAACCUGAA